AUGUACUUUGUACCAUUAAUUAGACUAAUCUUCAAUGGCGCUUCCAUCCUUUACUGCUCUCAGUAUUGUUUCUCUUUCUUCAUUCUCUCGUUAUUUUCCUCAUAACGAUACUACCACGUUUUAUUAUUCACCAUCUCCAUACCCCAAAGCUCAUUCUGCAAAACCCUGCAAACCCACGAGAAACUUUUCCAACUAUUCCUUCCGCCUUUCGUAUCGGUUCUCUGCUGUGGAGGAUGAAGAUGACAGAGAUGAUUAUGAAUUUGAAGAAGCGGUCGCGCUCUUCAAUGACAGAGAAUACUAUAAAUGCCAUGACUUUCUUGAAGCUCUCUGGAACGACGCCCAAGAGCCUACAAGAACUCUGAUUCACGGCAUUCUGCAAUGUGCAGUGGGAUUUCAUCACCUCUUUAAUCAGAACCAUAGAGGAGCCAUGAUGGAGCUGGGAGAGGGACUAUGUAAACUGAGAAAGAUGGAUUUUGAGAGCGGACCAUUUCAUGAGUUUGAGCGAGAGAUAUCUGCAGCUCUGGAUUUCAUUUACGAGACCCAGAUCGAAUUAGCUGCAUGCACUGAUGACAUUUGUCUUGCAAUGGAUCAAUCAGAGAGGUCAUACCAACUUCUUGGGGGAUACGGUGCUGGACAGCAUCUGUACAGUCUUCAAACCGAGUCUGAUCAAGUUACGUACAUUACCUUCUGCCCUCAGAGGUCUUAUUGCGUCAAUAAGCCAUCAAGGGUAAAGCUUCCGAUCCUUAAUGCAACCAAAGAACACCUCGUAGCUUUCGAGUACAACUGAUUCUGUUGUUAUUAACUCCACCAUUUUUACAGGAUUCAUCUAUAUGCUGUAUUCAUCUUACUUUCA